AUGGAUGUUCAGUCUAAGUUUGGUGACGCUACUGCUAGUGUUCUGCAUGAUCGUGGUAAGCCGCCUGACCCGCUUGUUUCUUUUGCUAAUAAACCGACCAACGUAGAGGGAGCUGAUAGUAUGAAUGAACCUGUUGGUGAGGAGUUGCCGACACCUGGAACAGCACCUAUUCGUGGGAUCGGGUUAAGAGUUACUAACAUUGAAGGCAAUCCCUUAAUUCCGAGAAGAGGUAUGUUCUCUACAUCUAAUGUAUCGGUCUUGGACGGGCUGAUGAGUAUUUCCAAACCGAUUGAAAAUUUCUCCAAUGGUGAACCGUCCACGAUGGCUAAUAAGGUUACUGGGGUUGUUGUCAAGCCCAUGUCAUAUGCUGAGUCGGUAAAUGCAAAUAAUGGCAAAAAAGUGAAUUUUCGGUCGCUUGCUAGUUCUGCUAAUCAGGAGGGUUGUGAUGUUGUGUUACCGAGAGAAUCAGUACGUAUGGUCCAGGAUAAGUUGGCUAACACCCUUUAUGGGUACUUUUUGGGGGAUCGAAUUGCCUUCCCAGUGGUUGACUACUUUGUUCGGAUGAAUUGGAAGAAAUAUGGGUUACAAAAGACUAUGAUGAACGCUAAUGGUUUUUUCUUUUUCAAGUUUAGAGAUGAGGCUGGAAUAGCGAAUGUUCUUCAGGAUGGGCCAUGGAUUAUACGUUCUCAGCCUUUGUUUCUUAAUCAUUGGACCCCAACUACUAAACUCGAAAAGAAAGAGGUAACGAAAGUGCAAGUGUGGGUUAAAAUUCACGAAGUUCCUAUUGCGGCAUACACGGAGGAUGGCCUCAGCUUGAUUGCAACAACUAUUGGCGAACCAAAGAUGUUGGACUCGUUUACCACGUCAAUGUGUAUGGACUCUUGGGGACGUAGUAGUUACGCUAGAGCGUUGAUUGAAGUUUCAGCCGAUAGAGAAUUGCGAGAGGAAAUUACAAUGGCGAUACCUGAACUUGAUGGAGAGGGUUUUACAAAAGAAACGAUGUAUGUGGAGUAUGAAUGGAACCCGCAUCGUUGUGCUUCAUGUUGUGUCUUUGGCCACACGUCCGAGACUUGUCCAAAACUUCCUGUGAGAAAGACUAAUAACUUGCAUCAGGUGCAAAAUCGGAAUGGUCCAAAGAACCCGAAAGGUAAAAAGUCUCCUGUUGUGGAUCAGGAGGGAUAUACAGGUGUGUAUGGGAAGAAAGCGGCCAAGAAAACUGGGAUACCCGUGAAUACACAGAAGCCUAAUUUUGAAUAUCGUCCGGUGGGACAAAAGUCAAAAGGAGAUUCUACUAAACCUAAGUCUCAGAACGGUAUGGAUGGUACUUCAAAUAAUAAUUCUUUUCGGUCAGCCAAUCCGUUUGAUGUUCUUAAUGAGGUGGAGGACGAACCGGGGCCUAGUAAAAGGCAACCGGACUUGAAUGAUGGGGACUCGGAUGAUGACGAUGUGGAGGAAAUUUAUGAUGAAAUGGAUGGGUUUAUAAUGGAUGGUACCCGGAAUAUAAAGAAUCACAAAGGGGCAAGCACUCCUUCUCCGAAAGUUACCAAUGAGUCUCAUGUGGAUGUCGGUAAGUUGGGCAAUGUGUGUAAAGCUGUGUUUCGUUCUUGGGAUUGGACUUCAAAUGGCGGGUGCUGUAACAAAGGUACAAGGAUAAUCAUUGGGUGGAACCCAGCUAUUUUUGAUGUUAUGAUCGUUGCUCAAUCUCCUCAGGUUAUGCAUUUACAGCUUGUGUUUAAAUUGGAUAAGAGAGUGCUUUUUUGUUCCAUUGUUUAUGCCGAUAAUUAUUAUGUUACGCGGAGGGAGUUAUGGCAUCUUCUGUCUAUGCAUAAGGUUUUUGUCGCGGAUCGGCCAUGGUGUAUUAUGGGUGAUUUUAACUCGGCUCUUAACAUAGAAGAUAAUUCGAUGGGUUCUUCAUCAAUUUCGAUUGGUAUGAGGGAUUUUCAGGAAUGUGUUGAUGACAUCGAAGUUGUGGAUAUUAAUCGUUCAGGUAUUCAUUUUACGUGGAGCCAAAAACCUAAAAACGGUGUGGGAUUACUAAAGAAAAUCGAUCGGGUAAUGGGAAACACUCCGUUUCUUACUGAAUACCCGAACUCGGUUGCCAUGUUCAAGCCAUAUAGACUUUCGGACCACUGCCCGUGUAUCUUGUCUAUUCCGGAAGCGUUGAAACUCAAACCAAGGCCGUUUAAGUUUGCUAAUUUUCUGGUUUUUAAACCAGAAUUUUUGGAGAUUGUUAAUAAACAUUGGACAAUUAAUGUUGAUGGGGUUCACCAAUUUCGAGUUGUCAAGAAAUUAAAGUCGCUUAAACACCCGCUUCGGUCGUUGCUGUUUAAACAGGGUAAUCUCCACAAGAAAGUUGAAACUAUCCGUUUGAAAUUAGAUGAUAUUCAGCAAAAGAUUGACUUAGAGCCGCAUAAUGCUGAUUUGCGGAACGAGGAAGCUGCGGCUAGCCGUGAUCUUCAAGUUGCUAUGUUGGAUGAAGAGCGUUUUCUGAAACAAAAAGCUAAGGUAGAUUGGCUGAGUGCGGGCGACAUGAAUACGGCAUUUUUCCAUUCCUCUUUGAAAAUUCGUUAUCAUUGUAGUAGGAUCGAUAUCAUUAAAGAUACUCAAGGGAAUCUCUAUGAAGGUGAUAAUGUGUUUAAAGCAUUCGUCCAACAUUAUGAGAAAUUUUUUUGGCAACAAAGAUGA